ACGUUUUCAGUGUCGUGCCGCGCUAUUGGAAUCCUGCGUUGUGUUGUAUUUGGAUGUUUAUUGAAGAUAUUUCUCAAUGGAAUCCAAAAUGAAAUGUCUCGUAAAAGGUUGCGUUUCAAAUCAAGAACGGAAAGCGCCUGGAAUAGUUUUUCACAAGCUUCCUUCUGAUGAGGCUCAACGGAAGGAAUGGCUUAAAGCAAUUGGUAAGCCAGAUCGAAAUAUUCCCCCAAAGGGAGCCGUUUGUUCCCUACACUUUUCAAAGGACUCUUAUAUAAAAGUUCGUAAAAAGCUUCGGUUAUUAAGUGUUGCAGUUCCAUCAGUGAAGUUAAAAAUCAAGAGAGACUCGCCGCGUUGCUUUAUACCAAAUUGUUCAUCAAAUAAAAAUUCUAUCGGCGUGACAUUUUUUCGUGUUCCGCACAGCCUCGUGGUACAAGCUCGUUGGGCCAGUCGAAUACCAGACAAAAAAGUUAAAUUUCUUAGAGGAUCUCAAAUAUGCCACAUACACUUCGAAGAUCGAUAUCUUAUGAAAAAGAAAUCAUUUGUAAACCAGGAAGGUGUUGAUCAUAAAGUUGAAGUUGAUAAUCUGAGAUUGAAAAAAGGUGCUGUACCAACUCUCUUUGCAGUUGACCAGGAUACAAACCAUGUAGAAAAUCUGACGUCUAGAACAAUAUUUCGUUUGGAAACAACAUGCCGAACAUGUUCUGUGCAGUUUAGUGACGAAAAGGAUUGUACUCAACUGUUUGCGGGGCCUUUAUCACUUAAAAAUUUCCGGCCAGAUUUGUUCAACGAAUUAAUCGCUUUUGGUUUGCAAGUGACAGAAAACGAUUGUUUGCCUCAACAAAUUUGUCAAAAAUGUCUGCAGAGUUUUUCAAUAGUUAUGCAAUUUAGAAAGCAAUGUCAAAGUGUUCAGAGAGAUCUAGUAAAAUAUUUCAAAUCAACAGAAAACGUAGAUACAGUUGAUAAUGCUAAACCAGCGUUACAGGUUAGCUCUGUUCAAAUUUCGAAAAUUGUCGACUUUAUCCAAGCUCAAACACCUAAACCGGCAAAAACUAACCCUGUCCCAACUUCUAAUUCUGCUAAUGAUGACAAUUUUACAACUUCCAAACAUGCGGAAAAUGAUCUAAGUGUUAAAAAUGAGGUUGACUCUAAAUCCGACAUACACUUUCACAAUUCCAAUGUAGCAAAGGCAGAGGAUCAGGAAAAAUCCAUUGAAAUUUCCCAACCCGCCCAAUUUGUCCAUGUUCCACCACCCGAGCCGGUGGAUCCUGAUCCCGUUCGAAGUUCUACGUCCGCUAAUAUUGACAAUCUUGAAAGUUCAAAAUGCACGAAAAAUGAUCUAAAUCUUAAAAAUGCUGAGCAUGCUGCGAUCCUACGUCCGGAUUCUACGUCCUCUAUAACCGUCAAAAUUUCCAAUGUCGCUAAGACUGACCUUACACAAACUAUCAAGCCUACUAAUUCCAAACAUUUUCAAAUCUCAAAACCUGUAGAUAUUGAUCCUGAACAAAAUUCCAAUAUUGACUCUAUUUCCUUUAAUCACAUCCGAGAAUCUAAUUCGGCAAAAAUUGAAUUUGUAGAAGGUACUAAGUCUGCUAGCUCAAAUCAUCUUCAAACCCUUGAUCCUGCGAUUGUUGAGUCUGAACAAAAUUGCAAUCCUGAAAAGGUUGGCCUUAACUCUUCUAACGACAGCCAACCUCGCAGUUCGACACAAAUUGAUCUUGUGGAAAUAACCAAGACUGCUAGCUCUAACGUUGUCCAAAGUCCUUAUCCUGCGAAUAUUCACUCUGAACAGAAUUUAAAUCCUGAAGAGGCUGACCUUAACUCUUUUAACGAUAGCCAAACUCCCAGUCCAGCCCAAAUUGAUCUUGUAGAAACUGCCAAGACUGCUAGCUCUAGCUAUAUUCAAAGUCCUAAUCCUGCCAAUAGUCAUUCUGAACAAAAUUUCAAUCCUCCGAAUGCUGACCCUGCCUCCUUUAAUCACAGCCAGUCGACAAAAGGUGAUCUUGUACAAAAUACCAAGCCUGUUAGCUCUGUUGAAACCUGUAAACCUGCGAACAUUGAUCAUGUAUUAAACUCCAAGGAUGACAACCACAACCAAGAUCAAACAAUCAAACCUACGAAAUUUGAUUCUACCCGAAUUUCAGAGCCUGUUGAAUCUAAAGAACAUUGUGAGAUUGCUUUUGUUGCACCUCCAAAGAUUUUGGAGCCUAUCAUUUCUGUCACAUAUUCCAAACCUGCAACGAAUAAUCGUUGCGGCAAAGUUAAUAAGAAAAUCAACAAUAAACGAAAACUUGAUAAAGGAGGUGAUGUUGACGUUGACACACUUUGGGCAAACAAAAUUUUAAGGAAUGAUGAAUUCUUUCCUUCGGAUGACGAAAGUGACGACGACUGGAAAUGUGAAUAUUUUAUUAAUCCAGAAGAUGAAGUAUUUCCAAACGAAUCCAAUUUUCAAGCCGAUGUAAACAAGCCUUUCUCUGCGAAAAAUGAUUCUCUGCCAGUAAAACAUGUACCAAGUAAGUAUGACUGUGAUUCAGAAACUUCGAGUGCUGGAAGGAAGAGGUGCAAAUUGUGUCAACGGCUUACUGACUACUAUUGCAAGGAGUGUCCGAACUCUCCCAGAUUAUGUUUAGAUCCAUGUUUCCAAGGCUUUCACCGUCCAUCGUCGGGACCAGAGCAAAUUCUGAAGAGUGGAAAUUUGAUAAAUAACAAAUCACUGGAAUCAGAAGUGCUACAUUGUUGUACAUUUUGCGGACGUUGCUUCUUCAAGAUCGCUACUCUUGAGUUACAUACUAAAAACUGUGAAUACCGUUAUUCAACUGAUGAGGUUGACGAUUUAAUAUGCGUUGUUUGUACAAUAAAAUGUGAAGAUAAAGAAAAAUUCGAAAAACAUAUGGAAGAUUUCCACAAAGAUGAUUUGAGACCUGAAUGUCCGCAUUGCAAUCGGAAAUUUGCUACGAGAAGAGCUCGUGAUUCCCACAUUGAACGUGUGCAUGAAAAGCGGAAAGAAUAUAAAUGUGAGACUUGUCAACGUGUAUAUUUUUCAAAAGCAUCUCUUGAGGAUCAUGAAAAACGGGUACACCGAGAAGGGUUUUUCGAAUGCAAAAUGUGCGACGCUACAUUUACGCAUCCGAAAGAGUUCAGAACUCAUACUUUGCAGCAUGCAGAAAGGAAAAAACAUAAAUGUGAUCAAUGCGACAAACGGUUUGAAAAUUCUGUCCAAUUGAGGAACCACAUGCGUACACAUACAGGGGAAAAACCACAUUUAUGUCACAUUUGUGGACGUUCGUUUCCAUACAAACAAGGAUAUCUGGAACAUGUUGUGGGCCAUGAGAAGAAACAAGGUGAAUUCAAAUGUGAUUUAUGCAGUAAAACGUUCAGCACGAGGCGUAAGCUACGGGAGCAUAAGUACGGCCACAUAAGACAGCAAAAUAAAGUUUCAAGCUGCAUAUUAUGUAAAGAAAGAUUCGAAAGGAGAACCUUAUAUUUGAAACAUAUGGAAGUGGUCCAUGGCAUUCUUCGAAGAUUCGUGGAAGUUGAAAAGGCUCUCGAAUUUACUUGUGAUAUUUGCAAGAAAGGUUUCACUAAAGCCUAUUCUUUGGAGAAUCAUAUGUUAUCAAUGCAUGAUCCCCAGAAGAAAUAUGUUUGUGAAAAUUGUGGAUGCAGAUUUAUUCGAAGAUAUGAGCUAGUCGCUCAUCUUCGAAAAGCUCAUGGGAAGAAAAAGGAUGUUAUAUGUGGCGUAUGCAAUCAAAACUUUUGGGAUUUAUUCGGAUUGAAAUAUCAUUCUAGGGUUCAUGAAGGUGAGAGGCCUUACAAAUGUUUCCACUGCCCAGUCGCAUAUAAAAACAAACGAGUUCUGAUCACACAUCUACGUCGCAAAAACAUACCAUAUGAACAUCUAAUCAAAGAGGACGACUUUGACAUGGAAAAACUCACAGAAAAUGAAUUGGAGGAAAUUGAAAUGGAUGACAGUGAAAUGGAGGACAAUUAUAUGGAAGACAAUGGAAUUCAAGUUUUCGAAGUUGAACAAAUGGAGGAAAUAGCGAAAAUCCCCCGUAAAGUGAUGAUGAACGAUGUUGACCAACUGAAUCUCAAGCAGCGGCCGAUUGGCAACACAUGCCGCACUUGUGGAACGACGGCAGAAAGUGAUGCUGAAUUUACGCAUCUUUUCACAUCGGCCUCGGCAGUUUCCAAAGAAAUUGUCCACCUUUUGCAUUCUCUUGAAUUCAAAUUCAACGAAAAUGAUGGGCUCCCGAAAAAGAUGUGCAAGAACUGUCUCAAAACAUUUGCAGCUUUUAGUGAAUUUCGUAAACAUUGUGAGAAAGUUCAGGAGCGUCUAUUGGCAGUUUUUAGUUUGCAAUCCGCAGAUGCAGCUACAUUGAACUUCGCUGAAGUACCAAAAGCGGAAUUUAAGCAAGAGGAAGAUCUGGUUAUAAUAGAGGAUUUACACGAUGACUUCCUUUUAUCCGAUAGUGAUAAUGAAAACAAUGACUGUGAGAAUAAAACCCAAAGCAAGACAACAUUAGACUCUGAUAAUUUACCUAAGGAUGAAAUGGUACCGAAGGGAAGUGAUUGGAAGUGUGAAUACGUCCUAAAUUCGGAUUCUGAUACGGACGAUGGGGAGAUGGAGGAAACAGAGAAGGGAGAUGUGCGACCUGGUGUAUCUAAGCUCGAGAGCUCAACUCGAAACCAGAAACAGGAAAAGUCCAAUAAAGUACACAUUAAAGGUUUGUUCAAAAAUAUUGAAAGGAAGGAGACAUGUCCUUAUUGUCACAAUAAAUUUGCUCGUGUGAGGCUGCAUAUUCAGCUGUGCCCCAAAGUCAUUGGGAAGCUGUGCAAAUAUUGUACUCGACGAUUUGAAUCUGAUGAAGAAUUGGAGGAGCACAUUGACACUAUGCAUUCCGAAGGACAACCUGCUUGCCCCAUUUGUUUUUGCAGUUUUCAAACUUUCAAUCAACGCACAAACCAUAUGCGAAAAAUACACGAACGAGGACUCACUAAAUGUGAAAUAUGUAACAUAGACUUUCAUAGUAAAUAUUAUCUGAUAAAGCAUAAUAAGAAAGAGCAUAUCGCCGUUGUCAAUCGGGAGUGUCCCGAGUGUAAGAAAGUGCUAAAAACUGAAUACACUUAUGAACGCCACAUGAAAGCCCAUACCGACGAAAAACUUUUCCAGUGCAAACAUUGCGGGAAAGGUUUCAUGCAACCGCGUAACAUGAGAAUUCACGAAGCUAAACAUACUGGUCCUGUGGAACGAAGCUUUUUAUGUGAUAUGUGUGGAGAAUCAUUUCUUGGUUUCACUCAUCUACGAGUACAUCAAGGUAAAAAACAUGCGAUCGAGGUGUCGAAGGCAUAUCAAAAACGAAGCUAUAUAUGUCCAGUUUGCGGAAAGGGCUUCUCUUAUAAGGGGCUGGAAAAUCACUUUAAUAAACAUACAGAAGAAGAGAAAAAGGCUUCACCAUUAAUUAGAUAUCCAGUAAAAGUGGGUACAACCAAAAUUGUGAGAUCGACGAGCACACGUUCGAAAAAAGCAACUUUCAAAUGUACUCUCUGUCCUCGUUUCUUUGCUACAACUUAUGGUUUAGAACAGCACUUGCAACGGCACGUAGAGAAGCGACCUUUCAACUGUACAGAAUGCGGCAACGGGUUCAAACGUAUAACUCAUUUGAAAGCACAUGUACGCCGGAUACAUCGCAAGGAGAAACGUUGCGUUUGUUUAAAGUGUGGAAAAGGAUUUUCGGAAAAUUACGAACUACUGUGCCAUCAACGGGUCCACGAAGAAAAUUAUCCUUAUAAAUGCAAUCAAUGUCCUGCUGCCUAUAGGUGGCUGCCUAAGCUGCGAGCUCAUACGCGGCAACACUCUAAUGAAAAACCAUACAUCUGCCGAAUAUGUGGAAAACGAUACGCUUCCUGCAGUACCUUAAAAAAUCAUUCUCUAACUCAUUCGGCCGCAGAAUUGAAAAAUCUAAAUGAGCAGCUGGUAAGCAUGUACGAGCAAGAAAUGGAUGAUUUAGCAGCAAAUGAUGUUGAAAACCACCAACCUAAUGAUGAGGAACCUAAGGGCUCAAAAACUGAUAGCCAAGAAGCUUCAUUCAGUAAUCAGGAAGAUAAAAUGAGUAUCUUCGAAGACGAUGAUAUUUUGGCAUAACAGCAAGACUCGCUGAGAAGAAUAUUUGAAAAUAUCAAUACAAUAAAUGUUUUCUAGAA